GAUGUUUAAGGUAGUUAAACAAGGUUAAUCGAUGUACUCCGCUUGCCCCGCCUACUGCAUUAUGUACUGCCCAGCAUUUACGCGCAUGCGUAAUUAUCUCUACACCUACCUCGUGCUCGAUUAUAGCUACCUGAGUUUAAAGAUGUCUUCUCCCUCUGGUUCCAUCUCUCCUACACCGAGGGACACAUCCGCCGACCUGGUGGCCCUCAACGAAAGACUCUCCACCCUCGAGCAGGCCUUGGCUGCAGCUCAACAGACCCACCAGCCUCAUCACCGGACGCCACUAUACCCCUACACUCCCGACCUGCUCGCCCUUGCCUCUCACAUCAACCCAGCACCGCCGCCCUUGCCUCCCCGCUUAGCCCUCAUUACAUCACCGCUCAACUACGAUGCAUGGCAACUCUGGCUAGAUUAUCACCCCGACCAACACUAUGCAUCGUACAUACUACACGGCAUCGCCCAUGGCUUCCGGAUAGGCUUUGACCACACUAACACCGCUCUCCGCUCAGCAUCCACCAACCACCCAUCGGCCAUCGAGCACCCUGAUAUUAUCAAAAAAUCCCUCCUUGCCGAAACCGGCGCACAGCGACUCGUUGGCCCGCUUAACCCAACACUCUACCCAUAUGUCCACACAAGCAGCCUUGGCGCUAUACCUAAAAAACACUCAGAAAAAUGGCGACUGAUAUUGGACCUAUCGCACCCCAAAUCCCACAGCAUUAACGACGGUAUCUCCCGUCAGCUCUGCUCUCUGACAUACACAAAAGUAGACUACAUCAUCCCACGAAUCCUUUUGUCAGGACGCGACACACUGUUAGCUAAGAUAGACAUAGAAAAUGCUUUCAGAAAUGUUCCGAUUCACCCUGAUGACCGCCAUCUGUUAGGGAUGAUGUGGGACAACCAGCUCUACAUCGACACAACCUUGCCCUUUGGCCUACGCUCGGCCCCUAAGAUAUUUAACGCUGUAGCCGACGGGCUCCAAUGGAUUGCCCUAGAAAGAGGGGUUACAAAUCUAGAUCACUUCCUAGACGACUUUAUCACCACAGGGAAACCCCACAGCCACGAAUGCCAAACCAACCUCCAGCUGCUCGUCGAUACCUGCAAGAUUCUGAAAUUACCUUUGGCCCUGCAAAAACUCGAGGGCCCUACCACAUGCCUCACUUUCCUGGGUAUCGAACUAGACACAUCUCUCCUCCAGCUACGUCUCCCAGCAGAAAAACUGUCACGGCUCCAGCGUACACUAACCUCUUGGGCCGGACGAAGGUCAUGUUUAAAACGUGACCUGCAAUCGCUCGUAGGGCUCCUCCAUGACGCUAGUAUCGUCAUUAAACCGGGUCGCACCUUCAUUCGCCGCCUGGUCGACCUGCUGAAAUCCUCUCACAACCGCCCCAGAGAAGCACACAUCCGGCUAAACACCGAAGCAAGAUCCGAUAUCCUCUGGUGGAAACAAUUCAUAGGUGAUUGGAACGGGCUCUCCAUGAUGCGCAGCCACCAGCGGGAAAACCCUGAGAUCAUCCUCACUUCCGACGCCUCUGGGAAUUGGGGCUGCGGCGCCUUCUGGAAUGAUCGCUGGUUCCAAUAUAAAUGGUCCCACACUACAUUAGGUCUCCACAUCACUGCCAAAGAACUCCUACCGAUUGUCUUUGCAGUGGCAGUCUGGGGCGCUCAAUGGCAGGGAAAAUCGAUACUCUGCCGCUGCGACAACGAAGCCGUCGUAGCAAUCAUUAAUACGGGAACAAGCAAAGAUUGCGAAGCAAUGCCCCUCAUGCGCUGCCUGUUUUUCAUAACUGCUAAGCAUAAUCUGCUCCUUACAGCCACUCAUUUCCCUGGCUCAAUCAACAUUCUCGCCGACGCCCUGUCCAGGAAUAACUUACAACUCUUUCUCUCCCUCUCACCACAGGCCCUCCCCAACCCGGAUCCUAUCCCCCCCGCCCUAAUCGACCUGCUCACAAUCUCCAGACUCGACUGGACAUCCCCAGCCUGGAGCUCAAUGUUCAACGCUACCUUCAAGCCGCCCUCGCCAAAAGCACCAUCUCCUCCUACACAACAGCCCAUCGCAGGUACCUCAACUUCUGCCAUCGCUCUACUCACACCCCAUACCCCACUACCGAAACUAUCCUCACCCAAUUUGUAGCUUUCCUAGGCACACAACACUUAAAGCACCAAACCAUUAAAUCAUACCUAUCCGGAAUCAGGUAUUACCACAUUAUAAACUCUCACGCAGACCCAUUUACUACCGAUAUGCCAAAGCUCACAUACGUACUCAAAGGCAUCAAAUC